AUGAGUCAUAGAGUUCAAUUGCUUCUGGGAGCAUACCAUAUGACAUUUCCUUUGAAAAGUAUUGACAAAACGAUUGAGAUGAAAUCUGUUCCAUACGUAUGUUAUGGCAAUUGUUUAUACAUUGAGUCAAAAAUAGCUAAUGUCACAGGUAUUUCAGGAGUUAAUAGUAAAGGUUCAGUAGAAUAUAAGUCUUUCUGUUAUGCAGUCAAUUCAAUGUUCAUUCCAAACGUUCCUGUCAUAGCAACUCAUUUAGGUAAAUGGAUUCGCAUUAGUCCUCAUAAUUUGAAAGACAUGCAAUUCAGACUUGUUGACUUUCAAGGCGAGCCUGUAGAACUGAAGGCACCAGUGCGAAUGACUGUUGAAGUUGACUUUUUAGAAAAUAUUAAAUGCAACAGCUUACAAGAGAACUCAGAGAUAAAAAUAUAA